AGCAUCCCACCAUGACCGUUUUUUCCGGAGAGCCGUUACAGGCGACUCUUGGGCGAUUCUGGGCAAUCGCCGAGAACUCCGACGAUGAAGGCUCCUCCGGCGAGGCUACGGUGGAUCCUGUGUUGCUGCCAGGUGCGGAUAUUGGACACUCGGAGUCCUACCUGUGCUGCACGCCGGCGGAAGAGGAGUGUGAUCUGUCUGCGAUGGCAAUGUCGGUGAUCAGACGGAAAGAGGAAAAAAGGCGUAGGCAACGGGAGGCGGCACAUCUGCUCCGAUCUGGUAAGUCUCCGAUCUCUGUUGUCGAUAGUUUUCUGCCGAUCUAUGCUUGCAGGUCGCAGUUGAGGAGAUCACCGGUCCUGCUGCCUGUGCUCUCGCCCUCGACUUUUCUGCUCGAAUCCUUCAAUGCUAAAGAAUGGGUGUACGUCCAUCGGAAGAAGAGGAGGAUGCAGUUCGAGAGGAGGGUAAACAAACGUCGAUCAUCGCCGUGGUAAGAGGCGCAGUCUAGGUUUUGGCAACGCAAAGUUUAUUCCCGAACCAGCUGCUCCUGUUUCGUCCAUGGGUAUUCUUGCCGCCGCCAUGGCCAACCGUGGUGGAGGUGCGAAUCGUGGCAGAGGUCCAUCUCCUGGUGGUCGCGGUGGGAAUCGGUGGGAUGGAGGUCCCAAUGCUGGCCGCGGCAAUUUUGAGGAAGGGGGGCCGAGUGGAACAGCGGGGCAAGAGGGUGGUGGUGUCGGACAAGGAAAUACAAGUACUGUCUUCGGCGAUGGUGUGUUUCGGGCAGAUGAAUCCCGUCCCAACAAUUAUGGGGGCGGAAACCGAAACCAUCAGGUACGUUUUAACAAUGGUGCUGGUGAUUCUCGUAGGAAUUUUGGGGGCUAUCAUGCUGGUUAUAAUAGCCGAAGAUUCAAUAAUGGGAAUUACAAUGGAAGGUAUGAUGCUAACCGGAGUUCUUAUAACUCUGGCGGUCUAUCAGCUAGAGAGCAACAGUUAGUCAAAGAAACAGCACAGGCCUUAGCUAGGCAAUUUGUUGAUCAUCCUAGUCAGCGGGAUUCAGUCCUUCCUACUCAGCCUACUUUGCAAAAUGUCAAUGAAGUGCUGCCAUCUAAUACUGCAAAUUUUACUCGUCAGUCUUAUGUGCCAAAGGCUGUUCCGAGUGGCUCACAGAGUCAGGCAGUUGGUCAAGUACAGAAGCAGAAUGCGAUGGAGCCAAGAGUUGUUGACACUCUUAUGGCUGGGACAGAAAUUGAUGAACAAGAAGGGAGGAUCACUUCUUAAGGAGGUUUGGAUGAGUCUGGAACAGCGGCUAUGGCCAAGAAAAAAGGAGGUCCUACAUGUUAUCGAUGCAAAAAACCUGGGCAUUGUGUUAAUGAUUGUGAAGUGGUUCUUUGCGAUUGUUGUCAGAGGGCAGGCCAUGCAACUAUUGAGUGUCCACUUUUGAAGGCACCCAGACCAAGGCUUGCUAUGUACGGAUUGGGUCAUGAAGAUUUAUCUUUCUGGGAACUACCAUUGUCGGAUUCUGUGAGGCCGAGGGUUGAGAAUACAAGGUUGGGUCGUGUUCAAAUCACAUGAGGGACCCUUUCCUCGGAUGACAUAAUUAAGCAGCUGCGAUGGAUCGUUGAUACUGAUGAACAAUAUCACUGGGAUGUACAGAUGAUGGAUGAAAACGUUUUCAGGGUCAAUUUUCCAAGUAAACAUGACUUGGUACGAGUUCAGCGUUUUGGACGCUUUCAGGUACCAGGAACAGAGAUAGCUAUGCAUUUUGACUUCUGGAAAGUGGAGGUUAAACCGGCUUGGAGGCCGGAAGAUGUUUGGGUAAGAGUACAUGCACUGCCACCGGUGGCACUGGAUGAUUUUCUCUCUUUGUGGGCUAUUGGUGAUGCAUUUGGCAAGACAAAAGAUAUUGACAUUGUCUUUACCAGAGCUAAUAAUGUUCUGCGAAUCUUAAUCACUUGUCUAGAUCCUAAUUUGAUACCUGCUACUUGGGACUUGAAGAUAAAAGAUGAUUUUUUUCGCCUUCGGUGUUAGGUGGAAGGAAUGCAACCCCAACCGACGACUGAUGUUGCUAUGAGUGAUGUUCCUAAGGGGGGUGAUGAUUUGGGAGGUAGCGGUGAUGAUCAUGCUUUUGGUAAUGCGGCAGAUAGAGAAAUGAAGGGGUCUAGGAGUAACUUGGCUAAAGAAAAUAACCAAGAGGGAACCAAUGGAUCAAUGCCUCAUAAUUCUGGGCAUGUACUAGCCAAAUCUCCUAUUUGUACAGAUCCGGUUCUGGUUGUGCAGAAAAUGACAACACCUCAUAUGGUAAUUCCGGUUAAACAAAACCAAACUAGUGACAAUACUGUGAGGCUAUCUAGUGUGUCUGCUACCUCUGGUUCCGUGGAGAAUGUUGAAACGGAGAACAGAAACCAGAAGAGUACUUCAUCUAAGCAAAAUGGAAUUAUUGGGGAUACUGUGAGUGUGCAAAAUGAAGGGAUCAAGAUAGUGAAAGAACCUGUGAUGCUGAAUUUGAACAGCGGCGCAGAUGGGGAGGAUUAUCAACGUCGAUUGCUGCAUCCGGCACAUAAUCACAGCCAUGAAGCUGAGACGACGUUGAUCGGAGAGGAUGCUCGGCCUCGCCAGACAGCCCAGGUUGAGGGGAAGGAACCUCUGCUCCAGCCAGUGUGCCCCACGGCUAAUUUUAAUGGGCCUCGGCCUGCUCCUCUUUGCUUCAAGGGAACCGAGUUGCAGCCCAAUAUGCAUGGGGACUGCGGAUCACGAGAUGGUGCAAUCUCUUUUUCGCGUGACGAGAUUAUUGAGUUUGGGGGUAUUCCUGAACCAUCUAGUAAGGGGACUCGAGCAAGUGCUAGAAUUGGGGCUCAGGUUAAUACGGAUGAUACGCAGAUGGAGCGGGCUAUGUGUGCUACUCAGCGUCGUCUUAAUCCGUCUUUACCAGGUUAUUCUUCGUGCGGCGCACUGGAUACAGCUAUGGGCGCAUAUGCUUCCGGAGGACUAGCGGGGUAUUAUGUAUACUGGAUGCAAUCGCCUGCUCAAGGUCAUGCAGGACUGUUAUUUCCAGGCUACUGGAUGGCGUCAUAUUAGCAGGAUUCGAGAUGUCUAGUUUUUGUACUUUUCAUCUUUGUCUGGUUCAUACUGUUGCAACAGUAGCAUACUUUCAUGUGUAAUACGCACUCUUUGUUAACACUACUUCUUUAAAUAAAUGGUUGUGUGCAUCGAUUGAUCCA